AUGUACUACGAAGAUUUGGACCAUUAUACUUCCGGAAUUUACACGGUACCACUUCUUACACAACAUACUGCUGGCAAACAUUUCGGUGCUCAUGGUGUCAAAAUUAUUGGAUGGGGAAUAGAGAAUGGUAUCAAGUAUUGGCUUAUUUCGAACUCAUGGAACACCAACUGGGGAGAGAAAGGACUGUUCCGCAUGCUACGAGGAUACAACGAGUGCAACAUUGAAUCAAGAGUGCUUGCUGGUCUUCCAAAACUAUAA